UUAAUAUAGCUAAUCAUAAUACCAAAUACUUCCCUGAAUCAAAUGACACUGACUCACUAUGUGGCGAGAUAAAAACAGUUAUGAUACACCACACGGAUUAUAGUGUUCAUAAUGGAACUAACAUCAGUGUUUGUUUGUUGCAUCUUAGUGAUAGUUAUAUGCCAUGGAAGUAAAGAAAAAAGACCUUGUGUCAAGGAUUCCAGUUCAAAAACUAUAUGUUGGUGUUUAGGUAAUGGUUAUACAGAUUGUUCGGGUCAUGGGUUAAAUUACAUACCCGUUCUACCAAAUACAACAACUCGGUUAAAGUUGAGAAAUAACAACCUGAAAAUUCUUAAUGUUCAGAUGUUGAAGAAUAUUUCAAAUAACCAGUUAACUGAUCUGGAUGUCUCCAAAAACAAGAUUGAAAAAAUAGACAGUGAUUUCAUUGGAUUUUUCAAACGUUUACAAAUUUUAAAUUUAAAUGUCAAUCCGUUAACCAAUGAACCGUUGAAGGCGUCUUUAAAGAAUAUAUCAACCUCUUUACAGAAGUUGUUUAUAGGUGGACUGAACCUGUCUCAUUUCGACGAUGACUUGCUGAAACCAUUGAACGGAUCUAUGUUAACAACUUUAGGACUUAGCAAUAACAGUUUUCAUGUUUUCAACGGUGGUCACAUAUUUAACUAUUUAAAGCAUUUAACAUCAUUAUACCUGUCAUAUAACUAUAUUAAUAAUUUCAAUGCAUCACACUCGUACAGCUUAAAGCAAUUAUCUUUAACGCGUAACGAUUUAACGGAAGUUCCGCCAUUUUGUUCUAGAGCUGAGGCCUUGUUUCCAAAUCUUGAAGAACUGUAUAUUGACCAAAACUGUAUAAGUGUAUUGAAUAUGAACAAUCUGAAUUGUCUGGAUAAUCUGAUAAAACUAAAUAUAUCAGAAACACGAAUAGAAACAUUGAAAAGUUACACGUUUAGUAAACUCAAACGUCUGAUAGCUCUGUCAGCACAUUAUAUGGAGGGCUUUAAUUAUAUUGAACCGUACGCUUUCAAUAGCUCCUCACUCCAGAGAAUUAACAUCCGUGAUAACAAUCUUCAAUUUAAAGUAUCAAAAAUGAACAUAUCGUUGGUCUUCAGUGGAUGCCCAAACCUCAAAGUCUUAGAUAUCUCGAAUAAUUUCUUAGGGAAAUUAAGAAACGCCGAAUGGGAUGUACUCUUUGCUAAAUUUUCCAAAUUAACAUACCUGGAUAUAAGCCGUGGAUAUCUUCUAUAUUUACCAAACGCAAUACCUGAUGUGUUACACAACCUUAAAGAGCUUCGUGUUUCUGAUAAUGGUAUAGACAUUAUACCCCCAGGCUAUUUUAACACACUUUAUAACAUCACUGAUAUUUACCUUAAUGGUAACAAAUUAACUACAUUGAAUCAUACCCAACUUCCCACUACAAAGCUGCAUCAUCUGAAUCUGGCUUACAACCCAUUUGUGUGUGACUGUAAUAUUUUGUGGCUUAUAGACUAUUUAAGACAUCACAAGAGAAUAGUUUCAUAUUAUCCAGACCAUUAUAUUUGUACUGAUAACAAGUUGCGUUUAGAAGACCUGAAGAUUAACACGGGAUCGUGCCUUAUUGGUGAACAGACCAGCACCAUUAUUAAAUGUUUUUGUUUUUCUGUUAUGUUGAUAUUAUUAAUAAUAUCUGGUGUUUACAGAUAUAGAUGGCGUCUAAGAUACGUUAUGUAUAUUCUGAACUACAAAAGAAGAAAAUAUAUGAACGGCAGCAUGAAAAGCUCUAACUUUUCUCAUGAUGUAUAUAUCAGUUGUGGUGAGGCCGAUUUUAACUUUGUAUAUUCAAAUAUUGUUGAGACAUUGGAAGAAGAUAACUUCAAUGUCUACAUAUCUGAAAGAGAUGCUGUGGGUGGAAGUUUAAAAAUAACAAGUACGCUAGAUAAUAUGGAUGGAAGUAGAUUUGUGUUGCUCUGUUUAUCUAAUUCAUAUGUACAGGAUCAUUGGUGUGAGUACGAAACUUACAUGGCUAUAGAAAGGUCAAUCUAUGAAGGUCAUGAUGUAUUGAUUGUUGUACUUUUAGAAGAUAUUUCUAGUGUUAAUAUGAACAAAACCAUUCAUAAACUGGUUAAGAACUAUAACUUUAUUUUGUGGGGUACCAAUGAUGAGGCUCAGGGCCUUUCCCUGAGAAAGCUAGUAAGAGUUAUUGGAAAUGAAAAUAUGUAAUCUUCUGGUGAUAUUCCCCGCGUAGGCCUACGUAACAGGUAAAUGUAGUGGCAUUGAAGGUAAAUCACUAGAACAAUCCCUGUACAUGAUUACAUUCAACUGGACUUCUUACUGUAAAUUUAUAUGUCUAACCAAAAAGGUUUUAGGUCUCGAAUGUUCUAUAAUUUACAAACUUUCAUAUACAUUGGUGAAUGUUGCAUUUUGUCAUUAUAUUUUUAGACAAUUUUAUUAAUAUUGGAAUUAACUUUGUUUAUUAACAUUCCAAAUGUCUAAUUUGUGUUGAUUUGGCAAUAUUAAUUUAAUUUUUCCUAUCAUUUAUAUUAAAUUAAUAAAUAUUAAUUCAAAAUAACAAAUUAAUUGUUAUAUUACGGUUUAAACCAGGGCCGUAUGUAGGAUUCUAAAUGUGGGGGUGCAGCGGCAAAUAAUACCUAAGCAAAACAUCUCAUUGCAGAGGCGUGCUGGGCAGGAAGCCAAUCGCAUACCCUGCCCUCAUCAAUUCAAAAACAAAAGAAACUGGAAAUGGUUGAUAAAACUCGAAUCCUUUGAGAUUUCCUACCAGGACAUAGGGGACAGGGCGGGGUGGCUAUAUGCCCUCCCUUCUGAAAAAGAGCCCUAGAAUUUCGACAGAGUUACCAAUGAGCUAAAUCGCUAAUAUUUGGGACCUAGAUAUUGAAAUUCAAUAAUAAUGUAAUAUGAAUGUAUAUAAACUGAUUGUGCUCAAUCAUGUCCGUUUUUACU